ACCAACAUCGUGAAAUAUGAUCCAUCAAAAUACUGCCAUAACCUUAGAAAGCUGGAGCAAGACUUAACACAUGUAGUUCCUGUAUCUGAACUCACUUGGCAUUUGGAAGGGGGAGAUGACAGUAUAAGCAAAAAGCGACAGGGAGAGUUCCCUGUAACACCCAAGUUACCCAAAAAACUGAGACAACUGGGCAGUGAGGAUCUAAAUGGCACAAUAGGUCUUCCUUCUGGGUGCCCGUCACAGUUAAACAUAAGCUCAUCACAAAGAUCAACCAAAUCCAAUGAGUUGUGUAAAUUAUUUCCAUCAAUCAGUAAAACAUCAGGAAGAGAUUUACCAUUAGGUAAAAGCAGUGUUCAUAGAGAUAUAUAUCAGAAAAGUAUGAAUGUUUUUGAUGGUAACUCUGAUUCUGAAGAGGAAAUCAGAGCAGUGAUAAAGAAAGAGAUGGAGAGACAGAAAGCUGAAAAAAGUGUUGAGACUGAAAGUGACCCCUUGGAAAUUGUUGGAGAUGACUUUAAGCUAAAAUACAAUACUCACUGGUCUUUACACAAUACAGAUACCAUGAAGAAACUCCACAAAGGAAGUAGUAGAGAGCAAGAGUCUAUGGAAUGUGACAAUGGUUAUGAUUCAGCAGAUACAGAUGAAAUUAUUGCUGUGAGUAGAUCUCCUGAGCUAAGUAGUAGGAAAACCACAAUUUUAGAGGAUUGUAAACAAGUACAGCUGAGAAAAAAUAAUGAUCAAGAAAUAUUAAGUAAUAAAAAAUAUGAUUUGGUAAAUGAUUCUUCACUGAAAACACAUAAUUUAAAAGAAGAAAAGAUUAGAAGAGAAGGGAAAAAAAGAAAAUCUAAAAUUCCUGCUUCCCAAAGUAUCACAGUUAACAGUACAAAUAAGACACGUGCCUCUGAAAAUUCUUAUUCAGAGUCUGAAGAAUUGGAAUCUGAUACAAGUUCUGUAUAUGAGUCUAUGAUGCAAAACUGCUACCGUUUAGAGCUCACACUAGAUGACUUAAAAGCAUUAGCUGCUGAAAAUGCCGAUACUUCAGUGGAGGGUGCAGAUAAUACACAGAGUUCUAGUGAGUGCAGUGUUGAAGAAAAUGCUAAGGGCACUGUCACAUAUAACAGAAAACAUUCUAAAAUUCUCCCUGCACUUAAAAAAUGUAUCUGUCCAGAUGAUAUAGUUGCUGCCCUUUUAGAGGGGGAGGAAAAUGCUGAGGAAGAAAGUGCCAAGGAACAAAAUAAUCCAAGUUUGAAGUAUCAACCCUUCAGAGGAAUGGCAUCCCUUUGUGAAAAAGAGCUAACUAAGGACAGCUUGGGUUUGAAGAAGUCGUCUUUGGGAAACUUAGAUUUUGAAUCUUGUUUUUCUCGGUCUGCGGAAGAGUCAUCUGCAUCAAAGAACACUCCAUUGCGCUCACUUGGAGUCAGUGCUGAGAAGAGGCACAAUGUGCAUGGUGGCCAACUCGAGGAACUGUCAGAUGCUGCCGUCUUGGCGUGUAAGAGUAAACAGCCUAUUUGCAGGCCACCCUUGGAAGAAAAGAGCAAAUAUGUGAAUUCUCAGCAAGAAGACGGAAAGGCAGAAUGGGGAGAUACUGUUCCUAGUGUCGAUGAAAGUGAGGAUGACAGCAGUAACAUGGACAAUAAUGCUCCCGUGUCUCAGGAACACAUUAAAGGACAGUUGAAGAGUCCAAGAUUGCAGUCAAAAAAACUGAAAAGAGAUGUAAGCAAUGAAAAUGGGAAGAUAAGUGUUUCGGAAAGUAAGGAGCUUUGCUGUCAUGUUACUGCUUCCAAAGAACCCGAUACAAGUAAGAAACAAUUGCAGGAUAACCAGAGGAGACUUGCGGCUCUGGAAGAGAGGCAAAAAGAGAGACAAUUACAGAAAAAGCUCAUACAAGGAGCUCUCUCAAAUCUG